CGCAGUUCGAGUUUUCCUGCUGCUGCAGUAAGGCUCGGUAUCGUGUGGCUUUCCCGCGUCUGAUCAGCUUGAGUUGUAUUUUGGUGGUGAUAUUUUUAUCCACAAGGAAGUGCGAUGGGAAUGGGGAUACUUUGAAGUAGUAGAUACGUUGUUGUCCUGUUUACUCGGAUCGAUUUCCCGCAUAGUACUAUCGUCCGUGUUCUGUGCAAUCAUGUUGAUGGAUGUGUAAUUAUCGGUGGUGCAGUGUCUCGUUUUAUGAAAACAAAUUAUGGCCGAGCCAUUGUCUCCUUCCAACUCAACAUUCAAGCAGAACUUUGAUCUCGUGACUCCGGAAUUUGACGAGGAUCCGAAGGUGCUAUGGGGCGUUACCGUACCACCGUUUGUUUCCGAUAAAGUUGUUUCAUGGGUCGAGGAAAACUUCCCGUGCUCUCCACCACAAAAUAUUACGUUCAGCGGGUGCAAUGUGUUGAAAAAGAUUGAAAAUGUUCGGAUGAUAGACAGGUACAACAGCAAAAAUCCGACUGUGGGUGUGCUGUAUCUCACAGCAACGCAUUUGAUUUUCGUUGAUCCGGAUGCAAACAAGGAAACUUGGGUUCUGUACAUGCAUAUUGCUAACGUCGAGAAGCUUCCGCUGAGCACGACCGGAUCGCCGUUAUUAAUACGUUGUAAAACAUUCCUGUCCAUCACAUUUGUUAUACCGAAAGAGCGGGAGUGCCAUGACGUGUACACAACGCUGAUAAAGCUGUACCAACCAGUGAAUAUUAAAAAUCUCUACUGUUUCCAAUACACGACUACCGCUAAGGAAUUACCAAAAUCUGCCGGGUGGGAUUAUUUCAAACUUGUAAAUGAAUUCAAGAGAAUGCGCGUUCCGAACGACCAGUGGAGUCUGUGCACGCUGAACCAAAACUAUGAGCUCUGUGAUACGUAUCCCCAGCAGCUGUACGUGCCAGCAGAAACGAGCACUACGAUGCUGCUUGGCAGCUCCCGCUUCCGGUCGAAGGGACGUCUGCCGGCAUUGACCUAUUUGCAUUCUAACAAGGCGUCGAUCUGUCGCUGCAGUCAGCCAUUGUCGGGCUUUAGUGCACGCUGUCUCGAGGAUGAGCAAAUGCUGGAGGCCGUGAGGAAAACUAAUCCCAAUUGUGGAUUUAUGUAUGUUGUCGACACCAGACCCAGAAUUAAUGCAAUGGCGAAUCGUGCAGCCGGGAAAGGAUACGAGAACGAAGCCAACUAUGAGAACAUCAAAUUUCAAUUCCUGGGCAUAGAAAACAUUCAUACCAUGCGUACCAGCCUGCAGAAGGUGAUUGAAUGUUGCGAGCAGAAGUCUCCUACCAUGAACAGUUUUCUAAGCGCUCUAGAAUCUUCUGGAUGGCUCAAACACAUUCGAUCAAUACUGGAUACCUCCAGUUUCAUUGCUAAUGCGAUCGACAAUGGUAUUUCUGUCGUCGUGCAUUGUUCCGAUGGUUGGGAUAGAACCGCACAAGUUUGCUCCUUGGCAGCUCUUAUGCUUGAUCCAUAUUAUCGGACCAUUAAAGGGUUUCAGGCCCUCAUUGAAAAGGAUUGGCUUGCAUUCGGACACAAGUUUAGUGACCGUUAUGGUCACAUCCAGAAUGAUCCCAAGGAAGUAUCUCCCGUUUUCACACAACUUCUGGAUUGUGCCUGGCAGCUUAUGCAACAACGGAACGAUGCGUUCGAAUUUAACGAACGGUUUUUGCUAAUUCUCCAUGACCAUGUAAUGUCCUGUCAGUUUGGAACAUUUGUUGGCAACUGUGAGAAGGAUAGGCUAGACCUACGGCUGUCCGAGAAAACUUUCUCAUUGUGGGGCUAUAUGUCCAAUCAUUUGAAUGAAUAUAUUAAUCCAUUGUACCGACCGGAGAUGGAUGAAACUAUUAGACCGAAUUUGGCCCCGCAGUGCAUAAAAUUCUGGCGCGGAAUGUACAGUCGAUUCGAAAGUGGAAUUCAUCCGAGGGAACCCUUGGAUGAUUUGUUGAUUGCUAGCAAAGAUCAUUCAACCUCGCUGGAUGAUCAUGUGCAACUUCUGACUAAGCGCAUCAACAGUUUCAAGAAUAUGAUCUCUAAAUCGGCGAAACGAUUACAAGGAAACAAGUAUGUCGACAAUCGCAGUAUAGAGGUAAAUGACAAUCGUUACAACUAUGACAAGAGGCUAAGUGAACUUUCUUGUGCUGAUGAUGAUCACCCACUUAAAACAUCGGAUUUAACUCUCUCUAAUAUUCCGGCCCAGGAAUGUAAUGACAACAUCGUUGACAUGAAUCGGGUAACGGACGAGAUGAGCUCGGUUGCCAUUGACUGGAAGCCGCUGCGCAGCGUAGUUAACUGUCCCACAUGCUCCAUACCGUUCGAUCAGAUCACAAAGAAGCAGAAUCACUGUUGGAAAUGUGGUGAAGUGUUCUGCAAUCGCUGCAUUGACAAAACUGUUGCCCUGGCUGGCCAUAACAGUGGUAAUUUGGUUCCGGUUUGUAGGAAUUGUUUCCGGGAAGUGCAGCAAAUUAGUCCUUAAAUAUUCAUGUUUUAACUGUUUCGUGAUUGAUCCUUAUGUGUAUCAUUUUUUUUGACAUUAUGUCACAAAUUGUUUGGUUACUUUAUUGGUUACUCGCCGAGACCUUCAUGAGGAUUAUGUUUCCAUUAGAUUAAUAUUAGCAUAAUGUUAUUCGUUAGGUUUAUUAGAUAGUCCAUUAUUAAAACAUACAAUCGAGAAAUAAAGUGAUACGGGCACCUUCAUGAUAAAAUCCAGGCGAUUUUCUUUGUAAAUUUUCUUUACCUUAUGAAAUAUGUUGUCAUUGUGAUACUAUCUAGAAUCAGAAAUGUUGCUAAUUAAAUACGAGAAAAUGUAUUCUAUCAAUUUGUUCAGCUGAUCAGUGUUGGGGUUAUAUAUGUUAUACUACAAAAGACGUAAGAUGUAAUCACAAGUUCGUCAUUUCACCUGAAACCCAAAUUAUCAAACAACAUACUUAAAAGCGGCUUCAUCAAAAUAGGGGGAGAGACAUUAAAUCAAAAUUCCGUAAAUGCAUUCAAAUCAAUUUUCGUUUUGUUUUACAUUUUGCUACAACAUACAAUUGAUCUCUUUAGAACGCAAUUGCACAAAAAAAGCUUUGGUGUAGUUACGUAUUUUGGGCAAACAAGCAAAAUAUUGUAAACAUAUGAAGAGCUGAUUGUAAAGUAUUAUUUAAGCUGACAUAUUAUGGUGAAUCUAUGUAUUGGUAAUAAAAAUAUUACAUCACAAAAA